AAGAAGAAAACGCGAAAUUAGGUGCAUAGGUACUGAUCAUAUUGAAUUGUGACGAGUCGCACAACACAUCUGGUUCGCAACGUCGCUUAAUAGUUUAUUAAAAAUAAAAACAAUUAACGUUUAUUUCAUAAAAUAUACAAUUUUUCAAAGAUGUACAUAAAGUACGAAAAUCUUGAGGAUAAAUUCGCUAAGAGAUUGGACGAUUUGUUCGGCGUUAAAGACUGUCUGAUCGAAGUCAAUCCGGGCAAAUGUAUACUUCCGCCCAAGUACAAGGAUUUGGGACAGAGAAUCAAAAACAUGGAGGUCAGAUCUGAUGAUGUAUGGCUUGUGUCGUAUCCAAGAACAGGAAGUACUUGGGCUCAAGAAAUGGUUUGGUGUAUUUGCAAUGACUUGGAUUUUGUAAAAGCAAAAAGCAUGAUUGGACAACUAAGGACACCGUUAUUAGAGUUAACAGCACUUAUGGGUAACGACACGAGCAAAUUGAAAGACGAACUGGGCAACUCUGUGGAACAAGUGGAGAACAUGCCGUCGCCCAGAUUCAUAAAAACACACUUGCCCGUGCCGUUGUUGCCCGAACAGUUGGCGAACGUCAAACCGAAAAUCGUCUACGUGACACGCAACCCAAAGGACAUGUGCGUAUCUUAUUACCACUAUUGCAAGCUAAUACACGGCUUACACGGGUCGUUCGACGAGUUUUGCGAUCUGUUCAUACAGGGCAAGACGCCGAUCGGUCCGAUUUGGGAUCACAUACUGGGCUUCUGGGAACAAAAAGACGAACCGAACGUGCUGUUCAUCAAGUACGAGGACAUGAAAAAGGAUCUGAAAGGAGCCAUCAGACAAGUAUCAGAUUUUCUCAAUAAACCCUUGACCGAUGAACAAGUUUCCGCUCUCGAAGACCAUUUGAGCUUCAACAGCAUGAAGAAGAACCCGGCCCUGAAUUUAGAACCAAUCCUUGCCAUGAUGGAGAAACAACCAUCAAACGGAACAAAUCCCGACGAAACAUUUAUUAGGAAGGGAAAAGUUGGGGACUGGAAAAACUACAUGUCAAAAGAAUUAUCGGAUAAAUUCGACAAAUUUACAGAAGAAAAUUUAAAAGGGACUGAUCUCGCAUUUGAGACAAAUUGAUAUCAUUGACACUAUAUAUUUUAUAAAAAAAAUGUUACAUCACUCUUAGUUUAUAAGUAUUCGAAUAAUAAGAAGUAUACGUAUAUAAAUGUAAACAA